AUGCGAAGUACGCUAAUUCUCUACAGUGGUGCUCGUCUAGAUCUUCCAGCAGAACUUUUCUUAUCUCCAAAUAUACAAGGCCACGAGCGCCUUCGAAUCCCGUCGUAUUCAUUUUUCAUAAACCACCCAUCGAAAGGCAGAGUGUUAUUUGAUCUGUCUCUGCGAAAGGACUUUCAGAAUCUCGCCCCGGUGACGGUGAAUCGUAUAAACAACCCAAGGCUGGAAUGGAAAGUGUCAGUGCCCCAGGAUGUACCCGAUACACUGAUCGCAAACGGAAUUGAACUACACGAGAUAAAGUCGAUAUUUUGGUCGACUCAACACUUUGAUCAUAUUGGGGAUACAUCCAAAUUUCCGAGCAGUACAGAAUUAGUUGUCGGACCGGGAUUCACCAAAGCAUAUACCCCCGGGUAUCCAGAUAACCCGGAUUCACCAGUGAAAUCGGCUGAUUUGAAGGGGCGCCGAGUGAUUGAACUGGAUUUCGACAGUUAUCAAGAGCCUAUCUCUAUCGGACGUUUCAAAGCGUUUGACUGGUUUGAAGAUGGAAGUUUUUAUUUGCUCGAUGUACCAGGUCGUUCGGUUGGUCAUCUCUGUGGCUUUGCUCGCGUGAAACCGGAUUCUUUCAUCUUGAUGGGCGGGGAUUGCGCCCAUCAUCCCGGAGAAUUUCGGCCUUCGAAGAUUGCUCCUAUUCCUAAAGAUCUUACUCCUUUACAUGUCGCGGUACAUUCGAAACAAACAUCUGUUUGCCCCGGGAACAUUGCUAAAAAAAUCAAUACAAAGUCAGAUAUCGAACGGUCACCGAUCUACAAGGCUGCUGCAAUGUUUACUUACGACGUCGAUAAAUCCCAGUGGAGCGUGGAAGGCGUCCAAGAACUUGAUGCCCGUGAAAAUGUGCUCGUGAUCAUAGCACAUGAUGGUGGGAUGUUGUCUGUACUCCAACAGGCAAAAGGGAAGGAACAUCUUACCUUUUUCCAAAAGGAGAAUUGA